ACAAGGUAAGUAUUAAAGAGAGCGUCUUAAAUUUUAGGAACCUUCAAGAAUUUGAUGCUUGGAAGUGUUUAGAAAAUAGAGAAAUUGAUUAUGCUUGUCAUCGAAAAAUAAAAAAGGCCAAUGGAGAUGAAUAUGUAUAUUAUAAUUGUAAUAGAAGCGAUUCUAGGGGUUUUGAGAGUAAAUCAGUUGAACAGAACCCAAAGUCUGGAGGAAGUAUUCGCAUACAAGGAAUAUGCCCAGCAAGGAUAAUAGUCCAAAUCUGUGUUAAUGGGAUGAUUAGGUCCGAUACUUCGAAACUCAUGUUGGGUAUAAUAUAGAGUUGAGGAGUAGACGACUGACCAAAUCUGAACAACAGACAGUCGCAGAAAAAUUAAUAGCUGGGGUUUCCGUCAAUAGAAUUAUUCAGGAUGCAAGAAAAAUAGAAAACAGCACAUUGGAAAGGAUAAAUAUUAUGUCAAGAGGAGAUUUAGCAUAUUUAAUGAGAAAAUUUAAUAUUUAUAACCAAAGAGAUAAAGAUGGCAUGAUAGCAACUGCAUUAAAAGUUGAAGAAUGGAACAAGGACGGAAGGAAUUAUGCAUUUUUGUUCAAACAGAUUGGUACAAGCUAUCCAGGAUUAAAGGAUGAAGAUUUUGCAGUGGGCUUCAUGAAUAAUAUAAUGGAAAAAAAAUUGAAGGAUUUUUCAAAGAUCAUUUGUAUGGAUGGUACUCACGGAACUAAUAGGAGAAAUUGGGAGCUGACUACAGUUUUAGUAAAAGAUGAUCAAAAUAUGGGUUUCCCUGUGGCAUUUUUGGUAACUAAUAGAUUAGAUCAAGUAAUACAAAACAUUUUUAGAGAAUUAAAAUCAAGACUGGGACAAACUAUCGACGCUGAAUAUAUAAUGACUGAUGAUGAUCCAAAAUACUAUAAUGCUUGGACCUUGAACAUGGAAACAGAAGAAAAACCAAGAAGACUGCUUUGUACUUGGCAUGUGGUUAAAAAUUGGAAUAUACAGGGGAGAUCAAAAAUAAAAAAGCAGGAAAAUAGGCAAGCAAUGAAAAGAGAAAUGAGGAAGAUUCUAAAGGAGACGGAUAUUAACAAAUUUCUUAAAUUAACAAAUGCAUAUUUUAAAAAUUUGGAGGAUGAAGGUGAAAAUGAAUUUUUAACAUAUUUGCAGAAAUACUAUUUCCAGGACCAAAGUAGGAUUAUGAUGUGGGCACACUGUUAUCGACUGAAUGCAGGCAUAAAUACAAACAUGGCAAUUGAAAGUUUAAAUAAAGUCUUAAAAUAUAACAAAAUGAAUGGGGAAAGAAAUAUCAGGGUGGAAAAAUUGUUAGAUUUAUUGGAAGAACUUGUAGACGAUAAGAUGUGGAAAAGAAUUAUAAAUAGAGAAAGACCAAAUGCAAAUAAUUAUCAUCAUAAAAUAUGUGUGGAUGCACAUAAAAAAGGUGAAGAAAUGGUGGGUAAAGUGUCUUCUUUUGAAUUUGGAAUGUAUAAGAUAGAGUCAAGCACAGUAAGUAAUAAGUUUUAUGUUGUGUCCCACAAUGAAAUUUGUGAUGAUAAUUGUCGAGCAGUUUAUUGUAACAAAUGUAAGGUAUGCAUACACAGGUAUACAUGUCAGUGCCCUGAGUACUUAGUGAAAACUGCAAUGUGUAAACAUAUACAUGCUGUUGCCACAUUUGAGCAGAGAAGCGAGUCUGUUUCAGGUUCAAUUGAUAGCCAGGAAGAUAAUAAUUUGUACCUUGAACAGCCAGCAAGUACAUCUCAAUACAAUAAUGAAUUGGACCAUUUUAUUCAAGAGAGGGAAGUCAAUGAUGAUUUAUAUGUAGAUAAUGAAAGAAGACGUGAGAUUAUUUUGCAAGAAAUGUGCAACGAUAUCCGUAGUUAUGGCAGUAAUUUAAAUAAUAACGAGUUUGAACAGUUUGUAGUUAGAUUUGCAGAUUUUAAAAAAAGUUUGAGUUUCACAAGCAAUAUUGAAAUGUCAAGAAAAAGAAAAAUAGAGAAACAGGUUUAUUUUCCAAAUAAAAAAUCUAAAUAAGGUCUGUUAAAAUUGUAUAAGUCAUAUAAAGAAACAUUUAUAUGGAUAUUUAUUUUUCCAGAUUCCUUUACUUUUAUUUACUUGGUUGUGGUGUUUACAGAUAGAAGCAUGUUUUUUUGUUUUAACCAAAUACUUUAUUUUUGUGAUGAUGGUUUAUGGCAUGUUCAUUGUUUAUUUUGGUGGUGGAAUUGUAACAGAAUAAUAUAUUCAGAUAACUCGCCUGUUAAAAAAAAGACAUUUAAUUUUAACACACUCUGUAUACAUUUUCGUUUCUUGUAAUAUUUUGUGUUAAAGCUUUGCCUGAUUUAAUUUGACAAUUGUAUUAUAUAACAUUUGUAUGUA